UGCAAAAAUAUUUUUAGGUCGACUAUCUACAGAUCUAAUGCUUAGAGCAUAGCAUCCAUGUCAGCAUAUCCACCACUUUCGGACAACUUCACUUUGGGGGGCAAUAAAAAUAGCAGCCACUUUCAGCUUUUUUACUUAUUCAUCAGUGAUUAGCUGCCUGGAGCCUUAUUCGGGUCAAGGGUGUCUGCAUGGAAAAUUCAUCGAAGGACCACAUUAUUUAUUAUUGCAUCGAUGUGAAAACCUAUCCUAAAAAUUCAGAAAGACAAAGAUGAAUAAAUAUAGUUAGAUAACCAAACAUUUUGCGAUGCCUAGACAAAAAAAAUCUGAGAAAAAUAAAAAGAGAGGUGAAACGAUUCAAGAUAUACAGCAAGAUCAUGAACAAUUCCUGCUCGCUUUUGAGAAACCAACUCAAAUUUAUCGCUUUUUGAGAGCAAGACAAAUCUUGGCCCCAAGUUUUAUGCAUCGAAAUCUUUUGUAUAUGAAUGAAAGAUGUUCACGAACAAACGCACGAAGAAAUAAAUUUGCUGUCAAAGAUUUGCUAUCGGUAGCAUUGAAGAGAGAAUCGGCUUAUGAACAAAUAAAUGGUGAAAGGAAUGAAGAUUUGCAUAUUUCUGUUGUUGGCCUUUCACUUGAUCCAGCAAAACAUGGUUUUCGUUUUGUGCAACAUAACAAAAAAUUAAAAAGAGUUGAUGUUGAAGUAGUAUUGAGUCGUACAAUAUUGAAUAAGCGGAAAGACAUGGAUUUUUCGGCAAAAGAAACAUCUUAUGGUGUUAUUGAAAUACCUGUCAAUCCUAGAUUGAAUUCUGAAGGGAUUAAAGCAGACGAAUCAAGUAUCAUUGAAAUCCCUGCUUCUGAUUUUUCUAGGCGAAAUGUUUUGGAAGGAUCAAUAAAGUCUUAUUCACUGAUUUUUAGAAUUCGUGAGGCAUCAUCCGAUUCUGAUGAGUCAGAUGAUAGCGAAAGUGAAGAUUCUGCAGAUGGAAGUGACAAUGAGCAGGAGGAUGAAACAUCCAAGGCUAAAAAGAAGAAAACCAAUGAUUCAGAUGAAGAAGAGGAUGAAGAUGACCCUGCUGGAAUAUCUCUGAAGAAUCUCACUUCUGGACCCAGAAAAAGAAAAACCAGAAAUGUUGGCUUAAAAAAAGAUGGAAAAAAGAAGGAUAAAACACGUGAAUGUAAUACGAGGUCUAAAGACAUAAAAGCAGAAACGAACAAGACUGAAGUGAAACAAAAAGUUCAUUACUUCCGUAAUGCUAAACCUCCUAUUCUGAAGAAAUAUGCAAAUAUUUCCAAAGAUAUUUUAUUUGAAACUGAACUUCUGGCAUUUAACAGUGACUUGGAGUGUCAGGCCCAUGAAGGGGGUUAUGAACUUAUUUUAAAUAAGAAAGACAUACAAAAACAUGAUGAAUACAGACGAAAGGCGGUUUGGGAAUCUUUUGAUGGUGGAAAAGAAGUAAAAGUUUACGGAUCAUUCAGUUCUCCAACUCUGAUAUUAAAUCUCAAAUGGUCAGCUUGUCUGAAUCCUGGUCCGCUUGCAUCCAACAAUUCAAAUGAACAGGAACAGGAGGUUGAAUUGGGUGGUAGGAGGAGAAGAGGAGUGGCUUUGACAAAUGGUGACAAAGAAAUCAGCACCCUGGCUGUUGAUAAAGUAGAAUACAGAAAAAGUAAGUCAGAUCAGAUAAUUCAAUCUUCCAAUGGUUUUUCCAAUGGAUUGGAAAAUUCUGCUUCAAUUAAACGAGUAUUCUAUCAAUUCAUGUACAAUAAUAACACGCGACAGCAGACGGAAUCAAGAGAUGACUUCUAUUGCCCUUGGUGCCAAUUGAAUUGCAUGGCACUGUAUGGCCUUAUGAAGCAUCUAAAACUUUGCCAUCCGAGAUUUUUAUUCAGAUAUUCACAACAAAAUAGAGGUACCAACAUAAUUGUCACUAUCAAUGAGUGUUAUGAUGGGUCUUAUGCCGGAAAUCCUCAAACCAUAUUUUGUCAACCUGGAAUGGCUUUCAGCCGCCGCGGACCAGUACGCCGUAUACCAGUUACAGAUAUACUUGUGUAUAAACCAGAGAGAAAACCAAUUGAUCUCUCCUGUGGCUUAGCGGAAUUGUUAGAAAGAGAAGAUGUUGAAGCAUUGGAGCCUUCGCAGUUGUCUACCGGACACAGACGUUUGUAUUUCCACAGUUUAACUUCAUUACCUGUAAGACCCUGUGAAUUUGAUAUUGAUUCCGAAGAAGAGGCUUCUGAGCCUGAUUGGCUUUUUGGCCACACCAAACGAAUGAUAGAUGAGUUCACUGAUGUGAAUGAAGGUGAAAAAGCAUUGAUGAAAAUAUGGAAUCUUCACGUCAUGAGAAUCAGUUGUGAAAUACUUUCCGAUAUUCAAAUAGAAGAAGAAUGCAAAAGAUUCAUUGACAAAAACAUCACAAUCUUGUCAAGGCAUUCACUCCGUCGUAAUUUACUGCUACAUUUUCUCUGCUUGGUGGAUUUUGGAGUUUUCAAGACUUCAAGUGUAUUGGCAUUGAUGGAUUACUAUGAAGAGGUAGAAGAUAAUUUCAGGAAAUCCAGUGCAAAUCAAGAAAAUCAGAAUCAUGCGAAAGAACUCUUGUCGCCGGAUUUUCCUGAGCCUGAUUUAUUGCCUCGUCUAAAACAGCUGAAAGAAAUUGUUUCACAAUCUAAUACUUUGUGAAUUAUUACAACAGUACACAUUAGAACUUUUUUACUUUUUAUGCCUCUAAAAAUAUGUCAUGUGAUUGAUUAAAACGUAAUUUUUUAGAUCAUGUAAUGUUUAAUUAUUGCCUUGCAUUCCCACAUCCCCAUGUUGAAUCUUUAGAAACUGGUCAAAUGACCUUCCUAUUUUCACUGCCUAUGUUUUGUAUUCGAGAGUAGAAUUGUUUUGGUGUUUGUUUGCCAAUGUUAUUUUAUACAAAAGUCUCGUCAAUGCAGAGCGAGAAAUUAUUGUGGAAAUAUCAAUGAUGAAUUAUGCUUCUCCAAGUACACUGGUUUGUUUUACCUAGUUGAUAAUCUGAUGCUUUACAGUGAGCGUCUACAUGUCUUGUCAUAUGUAGAUCUUUAAAUUGAAACUUGAACAACUACUUGCUGCUGUAAUUUGGUUCCAACAUUAAUGCAGUAUAUUUGUGUCAUAAGAAUUUUUUUGAUAAUAAUCUGUUUUUGGUUGUUAAUUUCUAAUAUUUAUAUUCGGGAAUUGGGGAUUUUUACAAAUCAUUUGCUUAAACUUGUUUAAUUGGCAAUUUUUGUGCCUUGAGAAAUCAACUAAACCAAUGCAGCCACGUACAUUUAAAUAUACCUCAGAUUUGGUGAGCAAAGGAUUGUAAUAAAUGUUGCAACAUAACAGUA